AUGACAUUACCCCAACCACCGAAGCUUGUAUUGGACGAAUUUAUCGGUACGGCGCUGUCUGCUACCCCGGCCGAACUGCAUCCAUUGUUCGAGUCCUUUAGAACACUGUAUACACGCAAGCUAUGGCAUCAACUAACGAAAAAGCUGUUCGAGUUCUUCAACCAUCCACUAUCACCCCCGUAUCGGGUAGAUGUCUUCGAGAGAUUCGUGCGCGACUUCGAGGGGAAGAUCAACCAGCUACGGCUAGCAGAAAUGGGUGUAAUUGUAGCCAAGAAUAUUGACAACCCUCAGGUCCAUCUCACAUUCCUCACAUCUCUAUCAUCACGGAUAGACACGAAGCAGUCGCAAGAAGCGAGCGUUCUCUUGCUUGCUUCAAUAGCACAUGCUAAGUUGCUCUAUGGCGAUCUGGAGGGGACAAGAUCGGACAUGGACGCCGCUCAGAAGCUCCUCGAUACCCUAGAAAAUGUGGAUAACGGGGUGAAUGCUGCGUACUACAGCGUCUCUGCGGAUUACUUCAAGGCCAAGGCCGAGUAUGCACCAUACUACAAGAAUUCCCUGCUCUACCUCGCCUGCGUUGAUGUCGAGACGGGCAUGUCGCCUGAGGAGCGUCUUGCAAGAGCACACGACCUUGGUAUCUCUGCUCUGCUAGGAGACACGAUUUACAACUUCGGAGAACUGCUCAUGCACCCCAUUCUGGACUCACUCAAUGGUACCCAGCAUGAGUGGCUCAAGAAGCUGCUCUUCACAUUCAACGAGGGCAGCAUCGGCAAGUUCGAGGCUCUCGCCCCACUCUUCCCCAAGGAGCCAAUCCUUCAAGAGAACUACGCUUUCCUACGACAGAAGAUUUGUCUGAUGGCGCUCAUUGAAGCUGUCUUCAAGCGCAACGCCAACAAUCGGACGAUGAGUUUCCAGACGAUCGCAGAGGAGACCCGGCUACCCGUUAAUGAGGUUGAGCAUCUUGUGAUGAAGGCGCUCAGCUUGAAGCUCAUCAAGGGCUCCCUGGACCAAGUCGAUGCAAAGGCGCAGAUCACCUGGGUGCAACCACGCGUGCUGUCGAGGGAGCAGAUUGGCGGACUAGCGAAGAGGCUCGAGCAAUGGGUUAACAAACUCAACCAGGUCGAGGAGAGGAUUGCACCAGAGGUGUUGGCCCAAGGUUCUUGA